AUGGCUGUCACCAAAAGGGCUGGUGCGCCAGAGACGGUCAUACCAUCUCCUCAACUCCUCGCUGGGCUGGCAGAGAAAGCUAGGGCGGAAAAGCAGGCGCCCAAACCAAAGCGAGAGCAUCCCUCGGGGAAGGAAGGAUAUGGAGCUUUCAUGCAAAUUAUACGCGGCAUCUUGUUCGCCCUGUAUUUCAACACAUGCUGCAUUGGCAUUUUUCUUACUCAACUUUUCGGCACUCCUUUAUAUGCUGUUCACCGCGACUGGUUCUACGCCUACAUGGCGAUGACGAAGCGCUCUUUUGGUCUGACAAUAACCCUCAUGACACAAAUCUGGGGCCCAACAACGAUACGAAUCAGCGGCGAUGAUUCGGUCGCCGGCCAGAUCAAGCUGCAGCCUGACGGAGUAGUGCGGUUCGAGUUCCCGGAGCGUCUGGUGCUAAUCGCCAACCACCAAAUUUAUACUGACUGGCUCUAUCUCUGGUGGAUCGCUUAUGCCAAUUCCCCAAGUAUGCAUGGGCAUAUCUACAUCAUUCUCAAGGAGUCUCUCAAGCGCAUUCCGUUCGUGGGUUGGGGAAUGCAGUUUUACGGAUUCAUCUUCAUGUCGAGAAAAAUGGCCUCUGAUCGGCCACGAAUGGCUUACCGUCUUGAGAAGCUGAAGCAACGCAAGGUUGAUCCCAACGGAAAGUCUUAUAUGGAUCCGAUGUGGCUGCUUUUGUUCCCCGAAGGCACCAAUCUUUCCAAUAAUGGGCGUAGAAAGUCGGCAGCCUGGGCUGCCAAGAAUGACCUCAGGGAUCCCGAACACGUUAUGAUCCCGCGGAGUACUGGCAUGUUCUUUUGCUUGAACGAGCUCAAGGGGAGCAUUGACUAUGUUUAUGACUGCACGGUCGCAUAUGAGGGAAUUCCGCGAGGCGGGUUUGGUGAGGAAUAUUUUGGUCUGGUCAGUACUUACUUUCAAGGACGCCCUCCGAAGUCAGUCAACUUCUACUGGCGUCGGUAUCGACUGAGUGACAUGCCGCUGGAAGACGAAGAGGCCUUCAAUCUUUGGUUGCGCAAAGAAUGGGACAAGAAAGAUGCGUUGAUGGAGGAAUACCUGACGACCGGGCGAUUUCCGCCUAUGGCUGGUAGCAAGCUCGACCAUAUCGAGACUGAGGUCAAAACCCGACAACCUUGGGAGAUUCUCCAAGUGUUUGCCGUCAUGGGCACUGUUGGGCUUGUUUGGUACAACAUUCAGAAGUCGUUCGUCGCCGCAAAAUCGUUGUUUUAA